AUGUCGACCGAAAUAGGCGAUCAGAUCAUCGUCGAUAUCUCAUCUCGUCCCUAUUCAGGUUCAUCCCAGCCUUUGCCAACCACACCUCCAAAGACCGAUAAGACCAGCUCCAUCACUACACCACAGCCAGAAGCAGGUCCGUCCACCCGUAGACGCACCCGAACUUCCGAUGUUCAUCUCGACGAACCUGGUGACUCUGUACCGAAAGUGGAGGUAAAAGAGGAAACAAAGGAAAAGGAAGAGCGAAAAUACAUACAGCCAGAUCACUUCUACCAAACUACUAAUCACCCCAACCAAGCUGGGGUCACUCGCGGAAUCCCAAAGAUAGGAGAUGGAUCAUUAUCUCCUCACGAUGAUCCUCAUGCGCUUAGAGGUAUACCGGUUUUCAAACCUACGAUGGAAGAGUUUCAAGACUUCGAAGCUUAUGCGACGGCAACCACUGAAUGGGGACAGUAUUCUGGUAUAGUCAAGAUCGUUCCACCCGAAGAAUGGACCGCAGCUGUUCCUCCCAUUUCAAAAGCUACUUUAUCCACUCAAACGAUCAGAGUUCCAAUACAGCAAAACAUAUUCGGGUCUUCGGGUUUGUUCAGGAUAGCCAAUGUACCUAAAAACAAAAACAGGCCAUUGUCGGUAAAGGAAUGGUUCAACAAGUGUAAGGACAAGAAGUUCGCUGGACCCGGACCUAAAGAUAUGGGUAAAACAUUGAAUAGAGAUUCUAAAGAAGCUAUAGAAUGGCGAGCGAGGAGAAAUGCGGAGAUCAAAAAGGAAAAGGAGGAAAAGAGAGAAAAGAAGAAGAAAGCUGCUGAAAGGAAAGCAGAAAGACAAGCUGCUGCUUCAGCCAAAGAAGAGGGUCAAGUGAAUGAUGAUGGAGAAUCGAAUGAGAAGGAGCAAACCGAAGACGUUGAUACAGGCGAUCCAACAUCUAAUGUCCCGCCUCUGGAUCAUUCGAGUACCUCAACUCAUUCCUCACCUGAGCCAACAAAUCCUACUACCCCAGAAGCCGACGACGAGUCGAAGGCAAUCGAUCCAUGGUACAAGACCUUUAAACCUUCAGAAGAUUGGCUACCACCUGAUACACGUCCAGAAGAUUAUACUGUUGAAGCAUGUGCUGCAUUGGAAAGGCAGUUAUGGAAAAAUUUGGGAUUAGGAGAACCCAGUUGGUACGGUGCUGAUAUGGAGGGAUCUCUAUUUGUUGACGAGAAGACCCCUUGGAACGUUGCCCAUCUACCUAACCUCCUGAAUAGGUGGGAUCUCAAACAUUUACCAGGUGUCAAUGCACCAUAUCUGUAUUUUGGAAUGUGGGGUGCUUCUUUUGCUUGGCAUGUAGAAGAUAUGGAUCUUUUCUCUAUCAACUAUAUCCACUUCGGCGCUCCCAAGUAUUGGUACGCUGUCCCCCAGCUGCAAGCAGAAAAGUUUGAGCGUGUUCUCACAGGAUACUUCCCGGAGGAAUCCAGGAACUGUGACCAGUACCUGCGACACAAAUCGUUCGCAGUAUCCCCUCAGCGAUUGGCCGAUGAUGGAGUCCACGUUAAUAUGCUUUUACACAAUCAAGGCGAGUUUGUCAUCACAUAUCCUCGGGGCUACCACGCAGGUUUCAACAUGGGAUUUAAUUGUGCCGAGAGCGUGAAUUUUGCGUUAGAGAGCUGGGUGGAGUUAGGCCGACGAGCCAAGUCAUGUCAGUGUGUGACGCAUAGUGUACAUAUUGAUGUGGACGAGAUGAUUGCAAAAGAAGAAAAACGCCUCAAUGGACAACAAGAGCUGCUUGACGCAAUCGCUGAGGAAAGGCAAAAUAAAAAGCCACGAAAACGGGUGAUCGAUCCUUCCGGACCUCCGCGCAAAAGGGUCAAACGCGAAAUUGCAAUCGCUGGCGACGAAGCAGAUGAGACCAUAGAUAUGGAUCAAGAAGAGGUGCACAAUGCUGCAAAAGUAGCGGUGAUGAGGAAGAAGAAACCAAAAUCAUUCAUUGAUCUUUCACCCUCAAAGUCAAAACUCGAAACUGCAAUUGUCAUAGGAAACCCGGUCUACCCAUGUCUUUUCUGUCCUUCCCUCGAACUCGAAGGUCUACUCCCGGUGUUUGAGCCAACCGAUACGAUAAAAAAUAUAUGGAAGCCUCGAACGAAGAGUAUUCAAAUUCAUCAUCAGUGCGCGUUAGCGAUGCCCGGUAUAGGUAUUGAAGACAGAGAACUCGAUGGGAAGCUACUCACAUACGUCGUAGGCCUGGAAAAUAUAGAACAGGCUAGGUGGAAAUUGAAAUGUGGUGCUUGUCAAGAUAACCGAGUCGCAAAGUCAGGAGCUAAAAUACAAUGCACCAAGGGCAAAUGCCCACGAGCAUACCACGUAUCUUGCGCUAAGAAUCACGAUGCUACUUCACUCAAGAUCUGGGAAGUCGAAAUUCCUGUUCUUCCUGCCGAAGGGGAAGAGCCGCUACCGGAAGGUGCCCCAAUUCCAAUGAUUAAAGAUAUCAAGGUUGAAUUGCUCUGUGCCUUGCACAAUCCUGAGAACAAAGCUCAACUUGAAGAGAGAAAAGCGAAUAACUACAAGCAGAAAGUCAUGUCCGUUCCUAUUGGCUCGAGCAUCAAGAUCAAAGUUAGAGGCGGAGCUUCGCUGGAAUACACGUUGUUAGAAAUUAGAGAACAAACGCAAGAGGUUGUUAUUCAGGAUAAUGCCGGAGAGAGCGCAGUCUACCCUUGGUUUAACAUCGACUUCAGACCUGCUUCCACGAUGACAGAGAACGAAUAUGCUCGGAUCCACACCCAUGUUCGAAGAAUAUCAGAGAACAGAUCAACCGGUACUACACCUGUCGCAGAUAGAUCAACCUAUCCUCAAAAGCAACCACCUUCCGCUAUCCCUAGACCUGUGCUCCCGUCUGUGCGCAAUGGAGACCUCAACGUUCCACGCCCUCACCUUCUUCCUAUAUCACAACCUCACUCGGCUCCUCUGAGACUUGACCAGAUGCUCAAUCCAAAGAGCGAAGUCCCUUCUCGAGUCUUCUUGUGCGAAGAUCCUCGUACUGCCGGCUAUAUCCCAAAGAAUUAUCCACCUCCUUUGCAGUAUAUGAGAACUUCCGUACCGAGCCCGUUCGUCAAUGGGCGAUCCGUUCCUCAUCCAGUUCCGCCCAUUGUCCAACGUCAUUACUAUCCGCCUCAAAUGACCUACGCCCCUCCAGGACUACAUGCCCAAAUCGCGCCUUAUGAUUCCAGGGAUCCGUACAGUCGCCCACUGCCUCCAUACGAGCGAAGCCAUCAUCUUCCAAACCAUCACAUGCCAAUGGAUACUUCUAGAAGAUCAAGUUUGACCGAUCAACCGCCUCCUUUGAUCAUGGCGAAUGGGCACCAUGUUCUACCACCGGUACAUCAGAUGCAUCCUCCUCCCCAUGCCGCACACAUUAGAAGUUAUGCAGCUCCUCAUCGUAUCAAUGGGUCGCAUCCAUAUCCGCCUCCGUCAAAUGGUUAUACUCCUUCGCAACAGGGUUCUCACAACCACACCCUCUUGCCCACCAACUCGAAUACUUCAUCCACGAACGGGGUGGGUAAGAUCGAUCUCGGUAUUCAAAGGAUGCAAGCCCUCAUGAACACCCUCAGACCGUUAGUUGUCCCUGCCAUCCACUUGGCCGGCACAAAUGGCAAAGGCUCGGUCUCAGCCAUUCUCGAAUCCUGCCUUAUGGCGGCUGGAUUGAAUGUCGCUAGAUAUAAUUCGCCUCAUUUGCUUGAACCUAGAGAUGCUAUUCGCAUCAAUGGGCGACCGCCUUCUCGACAAGCUUAUAUGGACGCUAUCACCCUUGUUGAAAAUUUGAACCGCCAAUACAAUCUACAAGCGACUACCUUUGAAGUUGCUACUGCCGCAGCUUAUCAGAUAAUCAACAAUAUUCUGCCUUCGAUAGACAUUAUGAUCAUUGAAUGUGGGAUGGGCGGCGCAAGGGAUGCUACCAACGUGAUUCCUGAUGAUAUCAAGGUGAUAUCUGGAUUAACAGCUGUCGGGUUAGACCAUACUUCCUUCCUUGGUAGUACUAUAGUUGAGAUUGCCGAAGAGAAAUCCAAGAUUGUCCAAAAUGGUGGAACACUUGUACUCGCACCUCAAGCUCAUCAAGAUGCAAUUUUAGCUGCUCGUCACGUCGUAAUCUACAAGAAUGCGCGAAUCAUCGAAUCAUCUAGGUCCGAGGAAUUACCCAGACCUACUCCUCCAAUGUCACUACGACCAUUCCAGCGUCCAGCUCCCAAACUCGUUAGAACUCUAUUACCUGACCUGUCUGGAUCGCCAUCCAAGCAACGAUCGGGCCGAGUGAUUGUUACUGAACUCAGCCUUGGGGGACAACAUCAACUUGAUAACCUCUCUCUGGCGAUAUCGAUACUGCACGUCCUUCGAAGUGACGCUCGUGCAAGAUCUAUUCAACCGAAAUUAGGUGGAUUGACAGAUCAAGUCGUUCAAACAGGAGUUGGAAGAGCUGAAUGGGCAGGUCGAUGUUCCUGGAUCGAAUACCGAAAUUUACCGAUAUUAGUUGAUGGAGCGCAUAAUUCUGAUUCGGCAAAAACAUUAAGACAAUAUAUCGAUUCCUUAAAUUUCGGAGAUAAACCAAGACCACGAGUGAAGUUCAUCGUAUCGUUAUCAAAUUCACCUGGGAAAUCAAUUGAAAGUGUUUUAACACCUUUACUUAGAAAGGGUGAUGAGAUAAUUACAAUGGAAUUUAGUACUCCAAUUGAAGGAAUGCCGUGGAUCAAGUCUACACCAUCGGACGAAAUUGCACGUGUAGCAAGUACGAUUGUGGGUCAAGGGAAUGUCAAGUUUGGUGGGCAAGGUAUAAACGGAUUGAGAGAUUUACUGGAUCAACUCCAUCAGCAAGCGGAAGAAGACCUCAUAGUCGUCUGCGGAAGCUUAUAUGGAGUUGCAGAUGUGUAUAGAUUGUUCACUGGUGUUUAA